AUGUACAACGCCGACACGUCGCACCACGUCGUCCACAUCGGAGGCGCAUCGUUCGUGCCACCGAUGCUGACGCACUUCCACCUCUCCUCGCCCUCCUCCGAGGCCUCGUCACCCACCUCGCCUGUCCACUCCCGCUUCUCCUCCUCCUCCUCCACCGCCUCGUCCGCAGCAGACUCGCUCGAGGAGUGGGACGCCGUCCAGGCGCACCUGGCAUACGCGCGUCGCAUGGCGGACCACACAUCCACCAUGUGGCAGAAGGAACGUCUCGCCAUCGAAAAGGCCAAGCUCGACGGCACCUACACGGGCAACAUGACCUCCAGGCAGAACGGCAAUGCUCGCCCACCCAAAGAGGAACCAAAGGUGGAGAAGGUCGACAAGAAGGAGAAGAAGAAGUUGUCGGGUCUGUGGACAUCGCUCUUCUCACCGAGCGAGACGGAGACUAGGGGCAGGAGCAGACGCCGAUCGUAA